AUUAAGAAUAUUGGUCUUGUAUCUUCGUUUCAUAGUAUCACAUCUCUUCUCUCUCAGGACUUCCAGUUUCGUGCGCUUCCCCGCAUAAAAAUUUUUGAUAAAUCCGAUGUAACAUUCGACAGUGAUAUACAUCCAUCUUGGGUUACUACUUCGUCGCGAUAUGGAAUUGUCGUUUGUGCUGCUAGCAACAGUAAAUUAAUAUCUCUAAGAAGUAGCGAUAUUCAUAAUUUGAGUACUACUAAAAAUAAUAUAGAUUUAGCCGACAUUCAGACAAAGGUUGUGGAUCUUCCAGUUGAGAAGUCCACUACAAAAUUAAUCGGAUUAAGUUGUAAUUGCUGUGAUCGUCUGUUAUCUGUUUCACUGCAUAUGGAAUCCGGUGCUUUUGUAUUUCUUUAUGAUUUAUGUGGAUUCGCCGUUGAGUUGGUGGAACAGAGAGAUCCAGUUUAUAUUCUGCGGCUCUCCGCUGAUGCAAAUGCUAUACCAUGUGCUCUGACAUGGAACCCGUUAAGAAGUGAUAUCUUUGCCGUUUCUACAUCUAGUGGUGUGCUGUCCUGUUAUUCAUUCGACAUUGAGAAGUCAUCUUCUAUAACUCUAGUUGGCUUAGUAAAACAUGACAGUCAAAUAACUUGCAUUGCGUGGAGUCCAAAAGGCAAGCAACUCAUAGUUGGCGAUAUGUUGGGUCACUUAAAACAAUACAAACCUGAAAUGGUAUUAGUGCGUGAAAUACCAACUCCGGAUAACGCAGGUGCUUUGAGAUGUGUUGGCAUUAGUUGGCUUACUACUACCGAUUUUCUUGUCGCGUAUUCUCCUCAGAAUGGAAAUGAUGUGGAUAUAGUGAAAUUGUGUGCAAAAAAAAAUGCACCAUUUGAGUGGGUACAUUUCGAUGAUAUCAGUUAUCGCGGUAAUCAAAGUACUUCUUGUCAACAAGUUGGAUUUAUGCAGAUCAUGGAUUGGAACUUAGUUUUAUGCGUUUCAUCAUCUUCCACUGAGAUAACACUACUGGGUAAAAGAGAAGCAGAGUGGAAAAUCUGGUCAUUGGAUGAUAGUGGACGAAUUGAAAUGCCUUUUGAUGAUUCUUUUUCUUAUACUUUUCCUGUCGGUGUUUCUGUUGAUGUUUCAUCGGUUAUACCGGUCAAGUUAGGUGAUAGUAAGGAAUAUCCACCAUGUCCUAUUAUUCUGAUAUUAUCUUCUACUGGAGUUCUUCUUCCUUUCCAUGCACUAUCAUUUCGCACUGAUCAUCAGAGUAUUAAUAGACAACCAGAGGCGUUUCCUUCAAAAAUUUAUGGAAAUAUAAAACCUAAAGUUACUGCGCAGAAUAAACAACCGCAAAAAUUUUCAUCGUGCGUAAUAGAUCAGCCUGCUCGGGCAUUGGCAAAAGUAAACGUACUUGAUUCAUCAAAUUCGAGUAAAGUUUUAAAGACGUUAAGCCGGAGUGACUUAAAAUUAGAAACGCAAAAUAAGGCGAUUGUUUCGUCAGCGACAACCUGUAAUGUGAUAAGUAAACCUGUUAUUAAUGUACACACUUCGUCUGUACUUCAAAAAAAUCUUGUACAGCAGUCUUCACAGCUUAACCAUUCAAAAGCUGGAUUGGAUCCAGUUGUUAAGUUGCGGCAGGAUCUUUGCAAUAAGCUAGUUAUCUUCAAUCAAACUUCUGCUGAGUUCCGUGAACGAAUAGAUUGGAUGCAAAAUAUGAUAAUUAGCUCAAAAAAAGAAAUUGAACUAAAUAAUGAUGUUAAUUUGUGGGACGAAAUAUCAGAAGUAAAAAAAAUUCGAAAUGUUGUGGAAUCAUGGAUUGACGAUCUUUAUACUCAAGUAAAAGAAUGUAAGUGUUCGGUUGAAGAACAGCUGGGAAUCAUGGAUAUGAUUGAUGAAAGUGAACUUUCUUGUGAAGAAGGAGUUUUGGAAUUCGAUGAUGUGUAUUUGUUGAAUGAUUUGGAAGAUAAGUUGAUAAAAGUAAAGCAGAAACUUAGCAAUGUCGAAAGUGCAUUACUCAAAUAUUCAGCUGCUGAGGUUAAUGUCAGAAAACAAUCUGUAUUAAAUUUGAGCAUUGACCAAGAGCAACAUAUUGCUGCGACAGCUAGAAAUAUCUGUAAGGGAGUGGUCUCUAAACAAAAAACUCUCCUUGAAUUAGAACGAAAGAUUUCGGAUAUAAGUGCUAUAAUUAAGUAA